GCGAACGCAGAGAAGACAGCAGUAAUUCCCUGAGCUAAGCUAUACUAGCGGCUCGCUAGCCAGUGUUUGAAAACUCCAGCCCGGAAGCCGCGCGCUCGUCUUUGACGUCAGGAGGAGCACAGCGGAGCGGCGCUGCGCACAAGCCCGGCCAGCAGCAGCCCAUCUCUCCCGGAGGCGAGGAGCGCGCAACCCCGGGCACAGAUUGCCAUUUAGCUGUUGUGUGGCGAAUUCCAUCAGCGUGACAGGAUGCCUCUAGGAGAGGAUGGCAACGGUUGGAAGAAGAAGACGUCCGACAUUAAAGAACAGUACGACUUCAAGGAAGUGCUGGGGACGGGAGCUUUCUCUGAGGUGCUUCUUGCUGAAGAGAAGCGGACCCAGAGGCUGGUGGCCAUCAAGUGCAUCCCAAAGAAAGCUCUGGAAGGCAAAGAGAACAACAUAGAGAAUGAGAUCGCGGUACUGCACAGAAUCAAGCACCCCAACAUCGUUUCGCUGGAGGACAUCUUUGAAAGCACGUCUCAUCUGUACCUCGUCAUGCAGCUUGUAUCAGGUGGUGAGUUGUUUGAUAGAAUUGUGGAGAAGGGCUUCUACACAGAGAGGGAUGCCAGCCAGCUCAUACACCAGAUCUUGGAUGCAGUCAAAUACCUCCACGAUAUGGGGAUAGUGCACAGAGACCUGAAGCCGGAGAAUUUGCUGUAUUACAGCAUGGACGAAGACUCUAAGAUCAUGAUCAGUGACUUCGGCCUGUCCAAGAUCGAGGGAGCAGGCAGCGUUAUGUCCACAGCCUGCGGGACUCCCGGAUAUGUGGCUCCUGAGGUGCUCGCCCAGAAGCCGUACAGCAAAGCAGUCGAUUGCUGGUCCAUAGGAGUCAUUUCGUAUAUUCUACUUUGUGGGUAUCCUCCAUUUUACGACGAGAACGACGCCAAGUUGUUUGAGCAAAUCCUGAAAGCGGAGUAUGAGUUUGACUCUCCGUACUGGGACGACAUCUCCGAUUCAGCCAAAGAUUUUAUCUGCCACAUGAUGGAGAAGGAUCCUUCGAAAAGAUACACAUGUGAACAGGCCCUACAGCACCCAUGGAUCUGCGGCGACACCGCCUUGGACAAGAACAUCCACGAAUCCGUCAGCGCUCAAAUCAAGAAAAACUUUGCCAAAAGCAAGUGGAAGCAAGCGUUCAACGCCACGGCGGUGGUACGCCACAUGCGCAGGCUGCAGCUGGGGACCAGCGUGGAGGGACCGAGUCAGAUCACUCCCACCAGCCCCUGCCACGGACUCCUGCUCCCCGAGGAGGAAGAGGAAGAUGAGCUGGGGAACGGCGAGGAUGACAGCUUGUCCCACUACAGCGAUGACCGUCGCGGAAGCGCCGAGGGCAGCACGGACAGGGACAGCCUGAGGAGCUGCACUUACUGCUGCAGGCCGGCCAGUCGUAUCUGAAUACAACCUCAUUUUUUUAAUGACUUCUCUU